GUUUUCACAACAACACACCACCGUCACCUAAAGCUUAAUAGACAGAUCUAAAGAAAAAAUAAAAACUUCAGAAUCUCCAGAGUAAACCACAUUAUCACCAAAACCCAAACUUACCCUUAGACCAACCUCAGAUUUACGAUAAUGCCACUAUUCUCCCACCGCUUCUCCACCGCAACCUCCUCAUCUUCUCCGGCGUCUCCUUCGUACUACAGUAAACCCACUUCGAAAACCCAUAAGCCAAACUCUUCUUCUUCGCCUUAUGCUUCGUCUCGUAUUCAUCUAGCUAUUGUACUCUUCUCUCUUAUCUCUUUCUUCAUCGGAGUCGCCGGAACAAUCUUCGCAAUCUCCUCCGCCGGAGAAAGAUUAAGAGGUUCUGACUCUGUUUAUCGAUGCGGUGGAUCUAAAGACACUUCUCGGGUUGUGUCUGUUUCAAGAAAGCUUGGAGGAGAUGGUGGUGGUAAUGGUGUUGUUGUAGAAAGACCAAAGCUUUUAGGGUUUGUUGGGAUCCAGACUGGUUUUGAUUCUGGUGACCGUAGAGCUUCUUUGAGAAGUACUUGGUUCCCUUCUGAUCCUGAUGCUCUUCUAAGGUUGGAACAAGCGACUGGAUUAGCUUUUAGAUUCGUUAUUGGACGGUCAAAGGAUGCAAAGAAGAUGGCUGAGCUUGAGAAAGAGAUAAAAGAGUACAGAGAUUUUGUGCUUCUUGAUGUCGAGGAAGAAUAUAUUCGACUUCCAUAUAAAACGUUGGCUUACUUCAAAGCAGCUUUUAAACUCUUUGAAGCUGAUUAUUAUGUCAAAGCGGACGAUGACAUUUAUUUGAGACCAGAUCGACUUGCGACGCUUCUUGCUAAGGAAAGACUUCAUUCACAAACAUACAUUGGCUGCAUGAAGAAAGGACCAGUUAUAACUGACCCUAAACUAAAAUGGUACGAGAAACAAGGAAAUUUGAUUGGAAAUGAAUACUUCCUACAUGCUUAUGGACCGAUAUACAUUCUUUCAGCCGAGAUAGUGGCUUCACUUGCAACAGCUCGGAAUGGCAGCCUGAGGAUGUUUAAUAAUGAAGAUGUAACCAUCGGAUCUUGGAUGCUUGCGAUGGAUGUACAUCACGAGGACAAUCGAGCUUUAUGCGAUCCUCAUUGUUCCCCAAAGUCCAUAGCAGUCUGGGACAUUCCCAAAUGCUCAGGACUUUGUAACCCGGAGAUUCGGUUAAAGGAGCUUCAUAAAACCGAUAUGUGCUCCAAAAGUCCGACAUUGCCUCCCGAUGACAUCGAGCAGUAGUUUGUAUCACGGUUUUGCUCCAUUUGACACUUCUUGAGACAGUUCUAGAGAAGAUAUGAUCUCACAAAGCACUAGAGUUCCGACAUCAUUGGAGCUGUAUAGGGGGAAAAGAUGACUUCAUAGUUCUUACGUGAUCUGAUUUUAUAGUUGUUGCUAGAUGUACCACAUAUAUAUAUACUGAAAACUAUAUAAAUUAUAGACAGAUACAUCAAUAUCCCUUUUUGUAAAAUUAGAUUUAUGUGCUCAGUAUAGGCUCUGGGUGAUGAUGAUGAUGAUGAUGAUGAUGAUGAUACAAGUGAAUCUGGUUUGAUUUGUAAAAGAGAUCUCAUUCAACCUAUUAUUUAAUUUGUUUUAGAUCAUAGAUU